CAGAUCUGGUGACCGACUGAAUCUGAUCAUCAUCAAGAUCAACUUGACCGCUCUUACUCCUUACGGUCAAGCAAUUCGCCAAUGGGUCUCCAACUACUCGACUGCCCUCUCGAGCUCAUCCUCCAGAUCCUCUCGAGAUGUGAUAUCGCCAGUGUGCUCGCGCUCGGAGAGACGUGUCGGUAUCUGCACGACAUCGGCAGCGACGCCUCCGUCUGGCUCGCACUCGCGCAAAACCUACAGCAUCGUAACAUCAUCGAGUCCGGCGGAGAGGGAGACGGUGACCUGCGCGCGCUCUCGGGCGCCGAGCUGAAACAGCGCAUCCAACGACUCGUGCUCGGCCCCGAAUCCUGGUCACCGCCGUCCGCACAGCCACGCGUCGCCGGCGAAUCCGCGGACACCUUCCAGCCCCGUAUAGGCCGCCGCAUCGUGCUUCAUCCGAGUGUGCGGAACGGCCCGGGGAUCCUCACCCGGGAGAACGCGGCCGUUCUGACGCCGAGCGGGCGGUUCGCGCUCUUCAGGAACUGGUACCGCCUCGAGUGCUGGGAGGUGUCCACCGACAGGCUGGUGUGGCUGUAUGACGCGGAGCACGGACCGCUGGGGGAGAUUGAGUCGGGGAAGGUGUUGCAGUUUGCGGUGGAUGAGCUGGGUGGGGCGGACGCGGGGACGCUGCGCAUCCUGCAGUGCGUCCAGACGUUCGCGGCACAGCGGGAAAACCAUCUGGAGGUGCUCGAGAUCGACACGCAAAGCUGGACGCACACGAUCCUGUUCAGCUGGCGAGUGCCCGACACUGCCGACGACAAUCCGUUCCACCGGCCCUUUUUCGUGGGUGACAUUGCCGUCGUGGGAAGCUCGACGGUUUUUGGCGAUGCGAUAGUGCUGAUAUGCGACUGCAAGUCGGGCAGUCGUUCCAGCUACAUCCUUCCGGAGGUCGGUGUUCGUUCCAGCUACAUCCUUCUGGAGGGAACACAUCCCUUGUGGAGUGUCAUACCCAAAUUCCUCGUCUUCAAGGUCUACCAAGCGCUACCUCGUAACGGUGGUGACAAGUCCGAAUCGGAGGCACUCUACGUAUACGAGACAUCACAUCUGCUUAACGGGAAUGGCAUCCAGGAUCUCACUCUCAUGUCUCCAGUAGCGUACCACGUGAUACCCCAGCUGGUAUCGACCAGCAUCGACCAGCUCAGCGUCCAUCCAGAUCCUCUGCGAGCAGUGCGCUUCCGCGUCUGGGUGCAUGCUUCCGGUCAGUCGGAGAGCGCCCCAUCCUAUCUGCAUCGAUACACGCUGGAUCUCAGCGCCGCCGGCGGGCAUUCCGUCGCUCUGCAUCACGUACUCGGGACACUCCUCCAUCUUCGACGGAUAUGGAGACCGCAAACACAAGGUGUUGGCCCCUGGAACUGAUGCUACGGGGGAUGUCCAGGCGGAUAUGGCGCACUGUGGCAAUGAGGUGCAUGUCUCUGCCUUCUCCGGGGCUGUAGUGUUCGCUACUCAUUCCGAUAUUCGUAUCUUGUACUAUGCGUAACUCAGUUGACCAUCGUUCGCGCUGGCAGCUUGUCUACCAAACAGUAACGGGAUGCAUAGUUUGUAUCCGAUAUCGAUGCGAAACGGGCGUCGAUGAAAACGUUUCUCUGGGACUGGACAUAAACAGAACGUGUUCGCUGAAUGUUUCCGUGUUUCCGGGAGCCCCUGGAUUCAUU